AUGCCCCCCUUCCUCAACGGCCACGGCGAAGCCGACUUCAAAAUCCCACCACCCGGCUUCUCACCGCCCAAACGCCACCAGCGCAACCAGCAGCCAGUAGACUACUCAACCCCAGGCUCAACCGGCUACAACGUCCCCCAGAACACAACAUGGCGGGAUCCCAACAACCGCGAGAUCCGCGUUCUGACCAUUGGGGCGGGAAUUUCGGGGAUUCUGAUGGCGUAUCAGUUGCAGAAGCAUUGUGAGAAUGUGGAGCAUGUGGUUUAUGAGAAGAAUGAGGAUAUUGGAGGAACGUGGUACAACAACAGAUAUCCAAAUUGUGGGUGUGAUAUUCCGAGUCAUGCUUAUACGUAUCAGUUCGCCUUGAACCCAGAUUGGCCACGCUUCUUCUCCUUCGCUCCGGAUAUCUGGGCAUACCUCAAUAAAGUCUGCGAAACGUUCGACCUGAAGAAACACAUGAAGUUCCAUGUCGAAGUCGUCGGAUGCUACUGGCAAGAGCAUGCCGGCGAGUGGGUAGUGAAGCUGCGAGAGCAUCUCCCAAACCACGAAGUGCGUGAAUUCGAGGAUCGGUGUAAUAUGCUGCUGUACGGUGCUGGUGUGCUCAACAACUUCAAGUUCCCUGACAUCACAGGCCUCCAAGACCGCUUCAAGGGUCGCGUCAUCCACACUGCCCGAUGGCCUAAGGACUACAAGGAAGAAGACUGGGCAAAGGAGCGAGUCGCAGUCAUCGGAUCCGGCGCUUCGUCUAUACAGACAGUCCCUGGAAUGCAACCACACGCAAAACAUCUCGACAUCUUCGUCCGUACAGGCGUCUGGUUCGGUGUAAUCGCUGGCAAUUCCGGAAGUCAGGCCAAGGAAUACUCCGAAGAAGAACGAGAGACCUUCCGACGCGAUCCAAAGGCUGUCGUUGCGCACGCACGAGAGAUCGAGGAGCAGGUCAAUGGCAUGUGGGGCGGUUUCUAUGCUGGUUCCAUGGGCCAGAAGAUGGGCUCGGAAUACUUCCGGAAACGUAUGGCCGAGCACAUCAAGGAUGAGCGUCUGCUGCAAGGUUUCUCGCCCAAGUUUGGACUAGGCUGCCGUCGUAUUACACCUGGAGAUCCGUACAUGCAAGCCAUCCAGAAGGAGAAUGUCGAUGUACACUUCACUCCUGUGGAGAGCUGCACCGAGAAGGGUGUGGUAGGUGGCGACGGCGUGGAGCGUGAGGUGGACACAAUCAUCUGCGCAACUGGAUUCGAUGUGUCGUAUCGCCCUCGUUUCCCCGUCGUUGGCAAGAAUGGUGUCGACUUGAGGGAGAAGUGGGAGGAUCUGUGUCCUGAAUCGUACCUCGGCCUUGCUAUUCCGGACAUGCCAAACUUCCUCACAUUCAUAGGCCCAACCUGGCCAAUAGAGAAUGGAAGCGUGAUGGCACCGUUGCAUUCGGUCUCUGAGUAUGCUAUUCAAUUAGUGAAGAGGAUGCAGAAUGAGAACAUCCGAAGCUGGGUGCCGAGGCAGGAUAUCACCGACAGCUUCAAUGAUCAUGUCCAGGAGUGGAUCAAGCACACUGUCUGGAAGAAUGACUGCCGAAGUUGGUACAAGAACAACGAAACCGGCAGGGUGAACGCCAUUUGGCCAGGCUCCUCGCUGCACUAUCAGCAGGUCAUCGAGACGCCGCGAUACGAAGAUUUCGAGAUCCACUCAUUCAAUGACAACCCAUGGGCUCAUCUAGGUAUGGGCUGGACGGUACAGGAUCGUAAAGGACCAAAGGAGGAAGAUGUCUGCCCGUACUUCAAUGUGAAGAACAUUGAUCCCAAGUGGUACGAAGCAUGUGGCGGUGAUGCUCGCUUGCUGUCAGAACGUCCUCAGCCCGAUAUCCUGGAGCAGGAAACUGCUCAAGCUGGACAACAGUUCCUAUGGCCAACCGGAGCGUAG